AUGUCCUCAGUAGGGCCCAGCGACGAGUAUGUUGCUGUGGAUAAUCCAAGGGAGAAUCGAGGAUGGCUUUUUGGCUCGGAUGGACGUCUUAUUUGCGCCGAAGAUACGUCCAAGGGGUCCUGCGACAGGCGUGUUGGCCCAAAGGGGAAUCGGACGCAUUCAUCACAUACAAGAGAAGAAAAAAUGCCUACCUCUGGGUCGUUGCUGCCAGACUCCGCAAGCGGCAAACUGACGUGGGAUAUCUUGAGGGAUCUCAAGAUAAUCGUCGCUACCAGAGCCAUCAAAGACAAGGCGGCAGUGUUAAGAUCAAGGCGGAGGUGGCCUAACGAAGCAACAAUUCGUAGGGCAACGCGAAACGAAUUAUGCCCUGGGUGUUGCUCUUUUGUUUUGCUAUGUCCUGACCAUGCGGGUCUGGAGCCGAAUGGCUUUCGUUUGCGUGAGGGACACUUUGCUAUGUUUUUUGCGAAGGGCAACGCGCGAUCACGUUAUCCGACCACAACUUAUUCAAACUCAGCGUCGCGCUCCAAUUUAAGAUCAGCCGCACUCCAUUGCUUUGCUUUUCCUCACCUCCCCACCUCCUCCUUCCCCUCUUCUUCGUCUCCGACACACAACUUGAACGUUCUAAUGACCAUGUCUAUGACAAACACUUCUCUUGACGAAUUCAUCUCUACUCCCCAUCCAUUGCAGAACACGUCCUGGACAACUGGAACCAUGGGACAAGCUUAUAGCGAAACUGGAGGCACGCAGUUCACUGGAUUCCAAACUCCACCUAUCUGGCCAGGAGAUGGUCAUCGCACGGGACAAGAACACGCUCCGACCGGUGCUGGGGCAGUGACCCAGGAGAGGUACCCACUGGACCAUCCCGCGCCACUCGAGGACCAGCCAAAUUAUUGUCCCAACUAUGAGACAUCCCCGUCCCUAGAUUUGAUCUCUGUUCCUUCUUUCUCCCACUCUCCCUCCAGCUCCGCUUCGACGUUGUCGCCCCAUACUCCCAUCAUCGAUUUUUAUAUCGACAACAAACAAUGGAUAACCCCCCCGCACACCGACUUCCCCGGUUUGUUUCUCGGAGAUAGUCACCUUCAAAUCGAUGCUGCCCUUCGAGAAGAUCACGAAGAAUUCUCCAACACCUACCCUGGUGUACAGCGCGACUCGCCCUGUGGAGGAGUAGGCUUUCAGGAAGAGGCGGGAGGCUAUCGUCGGUCACAGUUGAUGCAGCCCGGACCCAACUCCCGUCAGAUUGGCUUUAGUCGUCCCACCGUUCUCGAGGCGGAUACAUUCCGCCCAUUUCUCUCCUUCACGGAAGAGGAAGUGUAUCAGCACGUGGCAUUGUUCAAGGCCUUUCGCGCACAGCAAGAGGCAUUGAACACCCAGAUGGGCACUGUCGACCCACAGAUAUUCCCUGAUGUUUCACUUAACAAGAAGCGUCGCGUCAACCCCCAGCAGUCUUAUGCCGGGACAGAAUAUCUCCGCUACUGUAUCUGUUACAGCGUCAUGAAGAAGGAUUCCUCACUGAGAGAAGCGGAAGCGGAAGCUUUCCCCAUGCCUAAUCUGCAGUCUCAGGCUUUCGUUGGGGACCACUGUCCCUCUUAUGACCCCUCAUUCGUGUCUCCUCUCAUUGAGGCUGCGCCUGACGCCGGCCCGUCUUCUAUAAAGCGGACUCGUAUAGACUUUGAAGGAGACCUGGAGGCCGUCAACCUUCCUGAGCAUACUAACGACAACACCGUUGGGCAUGAGCACCACACCAAGAACAGUAACGUUAAAUCUGAAAAAAUCUUAUGUCGGUGGAACUCCUGCCUAACACCCGUUUCAAACACCCAGGCAGCCUUAACCGCCCACUUCAAUGCCUGUCAUUCUGAGUACAUGAAUGCUGAACCAAGGAUCAAAUCUGCCACACCGUUUGGUCGUGGACCCUUGAUUCUUGUUAUCGUUAUCCCUUGUUAUCUCACUCGCUCUCCUCUUAAGAACCUAGCUUUAGCUUUAGUUAUUGCACACGUUUCGGUAUUAUCGCACAUGGACUGUACUUGUAUCAAAAACGCUCAUCCUACAUAG